AUGAGUUCAGACAACGAUAUAGACAAUAACGAGGACGUCGACUACAGUUCAGAGGAAAACUCCGAAGACCAAGAAAACGUCAUCGACGACUACGAACAACUUGGAAUCGACAAUUACGUCGAGACAAAGGAAAUUAAAGGCAACGACAGAACAACGACAAAGUUCAUGACAAAAUACGAGAAGGCAAGAGUACUUGGAACAAGAGCUCUACAAAUCUCUAUGAACGCCCCUGUCUUCGUUAACUUGAACGGAAUGACUGACCCUCUCCAAAUCGCUAUGGAAGAACUUAAAGAAAAGAAAAUCCCUUUUAUCAUCAGAAGACGUCUCCCAAACGGUUCGUAUGAGGACUGGAAGAUCUCUGAGCUCAUCAUCGAUUGA